GAUGUAAGGACCCGACCGUUGGAAGGGUGCGGCUGAGGUCGAAGACAGUGGACGUGGGGAGUCAGACCCUCCAGCCACUUAGGAAGUGGCUGAGUAUGUCGCUGGGGACCGAUGAAGGACCGGCUGUCCACACCUCGGGCCCGUGGACCAUGCUUGCCCCCAAAGGAGGCUCCCAGCUGGGCGCCUGGAGGGCGGCACAGGCCCCACCCUUCUUCCUGCUCUGCGUCCCAAAACUUGGGGCUUCGGAAAACUCCUAGAACACCAGCAGGGGAGUGAAAGCCCUUGCAUCGAAUCCCAGCUCCACCACCAACUUUCAUGUGACCUUGAGUCGCUAGCUGUCCCUGCCUGCCUCAGUUUCCAUCUCCGAGCCGAGUUGCUGGACCCAGCCCCUCCCAGAGGGAACAAGGCUUUGAAAGUGUGUUCUGCUGCAGAACCUGAGACCAUGGCCAAACCAGCACAGGGUGCCAAGUACCGCGGCUCCAUUCACGACUUCCCAGACUUCGACCCCGGCCAGGAUGCCGAGGCUCUGUAUAACGCCAUGAAGGGCUUCGGCAGUGACAAGGAGGCCAUCCUGGAGCUGAUCACCUCGCGGAGCAACAGGCAGAGGCAGGAGAUCUGCCAGAGCUACAAGUCCCUCUACGGCAAGGACCUCAUUGCAGACUUGAAGUAUGAGCUGACGGGGAAGUUUGAACGACUGAUUGUGAACCUGAUGAGGCCACUUGCUUACUGUGAUGCCAAAGAAAUUAAAGAUGCCCUCGCGGGCAUCGGCACCGAUGAGAAGUGCCUCAUUGAGAUCUUGGCUUCCCGGACCAACGAGCAGAUGCACCAGCUGGUGGCAGCGUACAAAGAUGCCUACGAACGGGACCUGGAGGCUGACAUCAUUGGCGACACCUCUGGCCACUUCCAGAAGAUGCUUGUGGUCCUGCUCCAGGGGACCAGGGAGGAGGACGAUGUAGUGAGCGAGGACUUGGUGCAGCAGGACGCCCAGGACCUGUACGAGGCAGGGGAACUGAAAUGGGGAACAGACGAAGCCCAGUUCAUUUACAUUUUGGGGAAUCGCAGCAAGCAGCAUCUUCGGUUGGUGUUUGAUGAGUAUCUGAAGACCACGGGGAAGCCCAUCGAAGCCAGCAUCAGAGGAGAGCUGUCCGGGGACUUUGAGAAGCUGAUGCUGGCUGUGGUGAAGUGUAUCCGAAGCACCCCAGAGUAUUUCGCUGAGAGACUCUUCAAGGCCAUGAAGGGCCUGGGGACUCGGGACAACAGCCUGAUCCGCAUCAUGGUCUCCCGUAGCGAGCUGGACAUGCUUGACAUUCGGGAGAUUUUCCGGACCAAGUAUGAGAAGUCCCUUUACAGCAUGAUCAAGAAUGACACCUCUGGCGAAUACAAGAAGGCUCUGCUGAAGCUGUGUGGGGGAGAUGAUGAUGCUGCUGGCCAGUUCUUCCCGGAGGCAGCGCAGGUGGCCUAUCAGAUGUGGGAGCUUAGUGCAGUGGCCCGAGUAGAGCUGAACGGAACUGUGCGUCCAGCCAACGACUUCAACCCUGACGCAGAUGCCAAAGCACUGAGGAAAGCCAUGAAGGGAAUUGGAACUGACGAAGACACCAUCAUUGACAUCAUCACGCACCGCAGCAAUGCCCAGCGGCAGCAGAUUCGGCAGACCUUCAAGUCUCACUUUGGCCGGGACUUGAUGGCUGACCUAAAGUCUGAGCUUUCUGGAGACCUGGCACGGCUGAUUCUGGGGCUAAUGUUGCCACCGGACCAUUAUGAUGCCAAGCAGUUAAAGAAGGCAAUGGAGGGGGCCGGCACAGAUGAAAAGGCUCUCAUCGAAAUCCUAGCUACUCGGACCAACGCUGAAAUCCGGGCCAUCAAUGAGGCCUACAAGGAAGACUAUCACAAGUCCCUGGAGGAUGCCCUGAGCUCAGACACAUCCGGCCACUUCAAAAGGAUCCUCGUCUCUCUGGCUACGGGGAACCGUGAGGAGGGAGGAGAAGAUCGGGACAGGGCCCGGGAAGAUGCGCAGGUGGCGGCUGAGAUCUUGGAAAUAGCAGACACGUCCAGCAGUGGAGACAAAACUUCCCUGGAGACGCGUUUCAUGAUGAUCCUGUGUACACGUAGCUACCCGCACCUCCGGAGAGUCUUUCAGGAGUUCAUCAAGAUGACCAACUAUGACGUGGAGCAUGUCAUCAAGAAGGAGAUGUCUGGGGAUGUCAAGGAUGCGUUUGUGGCCAUUGUUCAGAGUGUCAAGAACAAGCCUCUCUUCUUUGCUGACAAACUUUAUAAGUCCAUGAAGGGUGCCGGCACGGACGAGAAGACCCUCACCAGGAUCAUGGUCUCCAGGAGUGAGAUCGACCUGCUCAACAUCCGGCGGGAGUUCAUUGAGAAAUACGACAAGUCGCUGCACCACGUGAUUGAGGGCGACACCUCCGGAGACUUCAUGAAGGCCUUGUUGGCUCUCUGUGGUGGCGAGGACUAGGGCUGCCGGCCUUGGCGGACACCUCAGCCGAGAAAUGGUCAUCGGCACCAGCCACCAUGACCCAGCCUGAUUGCUCCAGCUUCAGAGACUAGGGGGGGGGGGGGGCGGGGGGCGGGGGGCUCUUGUCGUCAACCGGGGUUUAGGAAAGGCUCCCACUCCCAGUGGCCACUGAAGGCCCAGCUGGUCACCCCUUAAUCUGAGCGGCUGGAGGACCGUAGCCAUAGAUUCCGUCCACCUCCACUGCCCAUCCUCCUGGCACCUCUGUCCCUGCCACAGCCCUGCCUGGUUUGGGCAUUGUCAAAUCCAGAAACAUACUGAGCCUCUGUCU